AUGGUCAGUUCUGCUCGCACGACUGCUGUCGCUCUGCGGAGCGUCAAGCGCGCUUCCGUGCUGCCGAUCUCCUCUCUGCGAACAGCAGCAGCAGCAGCAGCAGCAACGCGCCAAGUAUCGAGCACACCGCCCGCCAGCGCAUCGCCCGAAGCGCACAGCGCAACUGCAAGCGGCGAAUUGGAGAUUGCGCCCAAAGGUCAGAAGCCACAUUGGAAGAACCAACGCAACCGUCUUGCGGUAUCCUACACUGGCUUGCGUCCACAAGCGUACGAAGCUACGCAACUGUUGGCCAAAGAGCAUAGACCUACGGUGGUCAAGGCGCAGGAUGGCGAACUACCUUUGCAGACGCAAGCUGCUCUGCUCUUGAGAUGGGACUGGAUAGAGUUGGGCGAUGAGAGGCGCAGUCAGCUUUGGGAAUACCUUCGAGCAGAUGCGCACAAGAGAGGAGGCCUCACAGAGACGAAAGAGCAGCUGGAGAAUGAUGCCCGAGUGCUCCAGUGGCUCAGAGGUGCUUUUGAAUUGGCAAGGGGGUUUCGAGCUGCUCGUUCGCGUUUAUGGGUGCCGCAGAGCAUAACAGAUCAUCAAGAUCCUGCUGCACGAUGUCGAGAGCUAAUUCAGCAGCGCUUCAAGGAGAACGAAGAGAGGCUGAGCGAGUAUCGAGACAAGGUACGCAAGGCGGAGCUGGAGCGGGACAGAAUGUUGCGCAUGAGCCAAGCGGAAGUUCAAGAUUCUUCGCGAGACUUGGUGCAGCGUUUCGAAGCGUUCGAAGAGGCACUCAAGACGUUGAAAGGUCGCUUGAUGCUCUUCACCAGUCUCAAGUCCAAGUACGAAGCGUUGGCGGAAAAGGAUAGGGAAAGCGCUUUGGAUGUGGUGCUCAAGGAAGAGUGGGAAAAGCUGACAGAGGAAAAGCGGCAAGACGAGAUGCAGAGGUUGCGCUUCCAAUGCAUCUUGAGGCUCGGUUGGAGAAAAGGUUAUACAGCUGCUCAGCCACUUCCUGUACAUCAUCCCAACGCCACGGCCGAACGCGCAAAGGUCCGUCAUGAUCUCGUAUUUCGCACUGGCCACACUACCGAUGCGGCUAAGCGUCACGAGGCCAGGGUAGAACUUCAGAAGCUCAAUCAUGCGGACCUUUGGGACAUUUGGACGCACAUGAGACCCGAUCAACGACGUGCGGAGGAGAAGGCUGCCUGGGCCAUGAGGGAUAGGAGUCGAAUCUACAUCAACAACACGUCGGAUCACAUGCUGCUGGGCGCGACCGGGCCUCGAUGGUACGCCACUCCACAGAUCGCCGGUGUUCCGACCUACUUGCCCACCUAUCGCAUCGCCCUGGUUCGAAAUGCUACGGGGGAAAAGUACAGGAAUGGGGACAAACUCAGGCCUGCGGAUCCGUGGAAGGCUACUUUCAGGGUCCCGCUGCGCAUGUCCAAGCACGAAGUGUUGAAUUAUCUGCGCGACCUGUACGGUCUGCACGCCACGUGGUACCGAUCGCUGAUCUACCGCAACCCUAGAACUCGCGAUCUUCGAGCCGGCGGCCGAUGGGUGCAGAAUCAAGGGCAUCGCAGCUUCAAAAAAGUCGAGGUGGGUUUGGUGGAGCCGUUUUUGUUUCCGGAAAUGACGGACGCUAUCAGGGAGAACACAUUGGCGGAGACGGAGGCGAGGUUUGAGAACGCUAGGAUUCUGAAGAGAAUCUCGGCAGAGGGAGCGUUGGCUAGACAGAGGUGGAGAGCUACGCGACCCAUGACGGACAUGCUGCCCGAACGCUACCGACUUUCCAAAGCCCUCAGCGUUGCAAAGGACGAAGGAGAGAUCAAGCGGUUGAGGGAUGUGUAUGAAGAUAAAUCGGGCAUCGUCUUGGAUGCCACGACCGUCGAGCAGAUUGGACCCAAUUCGGACGCUUUCGACAAGCAGGGUCAAUAUCCCCUGCUCAGCACGAGGAAACAGGGCUUCGCUACGGCAAAGACAAAACACAUUUUGAGAGUCAUGCAUCAGAGAAGAUUGGACAGGGAGGAAAGGAUCAAGGCGAAGAUGGCACAGACGCAGGCGGACGAGGAGUACUAG